UCCAGUUAUUACAGCGCAGUGAGUUUGAAUAGAUCGCAAUGAGUUUAGCUGGUAAAGUUGUUAUUGUAACCGGAGCAAGUUCCGGCAUUGGUGCCGCCGCAGCUAAGGCCUUUGCCCAGCAGGGUGCCAAAGUGGUGCUCACAGGACGAAAUGAAGCAAAUCUAAAGUCUACUGAGGCGGCCUGUAAAGCAGCCAACAGCAAAGCGGAACUACUACUCAUCAUCGCCGAUGUAACGACGGACGCAGAGAAGAUUAUCAAAACAACAAUUGACAAGUUCGGACAGUUGGAUGUGUUGGUGAAUAAUGCCGGUUUUGGUGAAAUGGGUUCAAUCCUGGAUAUUGACGUUGAUCAAUUUGAUCGUGUCAUGAAUACAAAUGUGCGAGCGGUCUUCCUGCUCACUAAAUACGCCGCACCACAUCUCGUGAAGACACAAGGUAAUAUUGUGAAUGUCUCUAGUGUGGCCGGAUUGCGUUCGUACGCUGGUUUUUCGGUAUAUUGCACCUCCAAAGCGGCACUGGAUCAAUUCACCAGAUGUAUCGCCUUGGAUUUGGCGCCGGAAAAUGUGCGUGUGAAUGCCGUAAAUCCCGGUGUGAUAGUAACAGAAUUUCAUAAGCGUCUUGGCUUGUCGGAAGAGGAAGAAACUAAAUUUUUGGAGCAUUCGAAGUCUACACACGCAUUGGGUCGCGCCGGCGAACCCAAUGAAGUGGCCGACGCCAUUAUUUUCCUUGCUAGUGACAGUUCGAGCUUUAUAACGGGCGCAACUCUGCCGAUCGAUGGAGGCAGAAACAUCAUGUGUCCGCGUUAAUAUUGCUUAGAAUAGAUAGAUAAUUUGCAAGGUCGAGGAAGUCUUUUCGUAUUUCUAAUCAAACUUCAACUUUAUUUUUUUUUAUAUUUAUACUAAUAAAUAAAUAAACAAAUAUGUAUGUACCAUUUUGGUCGACCACUUUUUGCCAUUUUUCCGCUAAAGACAUUACUUCAUCAGUGUAAAUCGAAAUUUCCAGAACGGAAGCGAGCGAACCGUUGUUGUGCUAUACGAACUGAUACAGCAUCGUCUCCGCAAAAUUCACAAAUUUCAUUAGUGGCUUGCGUGGCAUUCUUCACAAUGCGAUUGGUAGCACUGGAGAUAUACGACUGUAACGACAUCUAUUGACAAAAUACGAAAAGACUUUUUCGACUACCCAAUUUGUUAAUAAAAAUAUGCUUUGAAAUAA